AAGGACUCUGCGCCUGCGUGGACCCUGUGAAACUCCUCCGCUGCUCUCAUGGUGAAACAGAAGCACUCCUUGUAGUGUUCUGCCGUGAACUUGCAGACAGUGGACCAUGUGCUGCUGCAGUGAAAGCUGACAUACUGAGGCUUCAUCUCUGUGAGACAUGGCCAAGGCGAAGCCCAAAGCAGAGGGCCAGGGCGAUGAAGCUGAGGGUCCAGAUGGUGGCUGGGGCUGGGUGCUGGUCGGCGCCCUCUUCGUCAGCACAAGUCUGGUGUUUGGCCUGAUGCGCAGCCUUGGGAUCUUCUUUGUGGAGUUUGUGCAGUACUUUGAGGAGAGCGCUCAGGCCAUCUCCUGGAUCUCCUCCACAGGACUGGCAGCUCAGCAAUUCUUCAGUCCUCUGGGUGCAGCUCUGUGUAAUGCGUAUGAUGCUCGGGUGGUGGUGAUGGUAGGGGGAUGUCUCGCAGGACUUGGCCUCAUUCUCGCCUCUCAGGCCACCUGUCUGGUCCACCUUUAUCUCACUAUGGGCGCUAUUUCAGGUCUGGGCUGGGCGCUUGUCUUCACCCCCAUGGUGGCUACAGUCAUGGCUAACUUCACCCGCAGGCGCACUCUGGCGUUGGGAUUGGGGUUCUCAAGCAUUGGCCUCUCCUCUUUCGCUUUCAACCCGUUGUUCCAGCUGCUGGUGGACGUGUAUGCGUGGCGGGGGGCCCUGCUGAUUCUGGGGGGGCUCAGUCUCAAUAUAAUACCCUGCGGGGCCCUCAUAAGAUCAAGGCGAUGCUUGAAAUCCCCAGAGAAGAUCAAGUCAGAGUCUGAGCCACAUGCUUCCAUCCUGCAACGAGUCUCAUCUCACCUGGAGCUGUCACUGCUCUACGAGAGGCCUUACAUCACCUACACCUUAGCUGUCACGCUUCUUAACGUGGGCUAUUUUGUGCCGUAUUUCCACCUUGUUGCCCACAGUCGACAAGCCGGCUUCUCCGAGUACCAAGCAGCUUUUGUCAUGUCGGCAGCUGGCGCCUCAGACAUUCUGGGCCGCAUUGUGUCUGGUUGGUUCUCAGACUUGGGUCACUUCAGGCUCAUACAUUUGCUGAGCAUGUGGACGACUCUGGCUGGAACCUUCAUCAUGCUGCUGCCCGUGAGCUCCUUGUCAGGUUCCUACACGGCCCUGAUGAUGAUCAGCCUCCUCUACGGCUUCUGCUCCGGUGCACUGACCUCGCUUGUGUUCGCUGUGGUGCCCAUGAUCGUGGGUGUGGAGCGUGUGAUGGGGGCUCUUGGGCUGCUGCAGCUAAUCGAGAGCGGGGCGGGACUUCUGGGGGGUCCUCUGUCAGGGUUCCUCAAAGACGUCACAGGCAACUACGUGGCGUCCUUCAUGGUGGCAGGCAGUUUCCUCAUUCUUGGCACUCUGACCAUGGCCACCCUGCCUCACUACUUCUCCUGCAAAGACCCACCUCCUCCACAGAAAAGUUCCCCUGACAACACGGACAAGAGUUUACAUUCAGAGAUGGAGCAGAUGAACAGUUUGCCCUCUGACUUGAGCCACUGACAGGUGAAUGAAUGAAGCUCAAGGAGCCAGAAGACUGAGUGUUGGAAGGUAAAGAGCCUUUUAGUACUGAAGAUACUUUCAGUUAAAACUGUUCUGCACUUGUGUUUGCAUUUAUACCUCACUGACCUGGAGCGAAGAAAGACACCUUUGUGUAAACACCACUGGUAAGAAGGGGCCAGACUGUUACACUGAAAAACCUCAGCUUAAUGUUUAGGCUUCUGCCUAAACUUUAUAAUACUUUGAUAAUGAUGUGAAUGUACGGCAGAGGAUUGGGGCCACUGGAAAAAAAAAUUAAGGUCAAUUUUUUUUAAAAUUAUUAUUAUUAUUCUGAGAUAAAACAAAUUAAGCGCAACUUUUUUUUUUCUAACUUCUGACUUUAAUCUCAGAAUUCUGACUUUAAUUUUAAAAUUCUGACUUUAAUCUAAGAAUUCUGACUUUAAUUUCAGAAUUCUGACUUUUUUUAAAGAAUUCUGACUUUAAUCUCAAAAUUCUGACUGUAAUCUCAGAAUUCUGACUUUUAUCUCAGAAUUCUGACUUUUAUCUCAGAAUUCUGACUUUAAUCUCAGAAUAAUAAUUAUAAAAAAAAAAAAAAUUGAUCUUAAUUUUUUUUCCCAGUGGCCCUAAUCCUCUUCUAUAGUGAAUGUUUAGUUGCUUUACACGCACAAGAGGAUGGCAUGCACAUUUCUAUUUCAAACAUUUCUAAAAUAAUGUUAUAUUUAUAAAGUUUUUGGACUCAUGAUAAAAAAACAAGAAGCUCCACACUGUUGAUUAUUAAUCUUUGAUAUUUUCUAUACCUUUGGCUGAAUGUGCAUUGUUAUAUAAAUGCACAAACAACAAUCAAGGGUACCUUCUGCUCUUUUCCAAAAAAGAGGGCAACCAGUGGACUUAACUGUAACAGUAGUUAAAAAUUACAUUUCAAAUAAAAGUGUGCCUAAAUACAUGCACCAUGUUAGGACAAUUACCUUGAAGUAACCACAGCUCUCCUCUAGACAGAGCCUCAGUUUAAGAAACACGAUUGGCUUAUAUCUUUUAGCUUAUUUUGGGGUGUAUUACACUGUCUGUAUAUGAAGACUGAAGAUGCCUUUCCACCUCCUCUUAUUGUAGAAGUGAUGCCAAGAUAGCCUCCAACGACUGGCGCUGAAAUGUUGCAGAUUUAGAACUAGAGUCUAGGCAGACUGGAUCGACUGGUAGAGCUGCGGUAUUAACAUCCCAACCCUUACUCUAACAAAACUGUACAUUUAACUUACCAAUCCCGCCUGUUGGUACAGUCUACAUAGUACAGUUUUUUGUGUCUUUUUGAAGCAGAAAGUCAAGGGUAUGGUGAGUUCAAUGACCCGCGCUAGGGCCUGUGUCCACUAACAGCAUUUUGGUGCUAGCAGUGUCUGUUUUCUUUACAAAACCAAUGAAGUUCUGCUUUUUCAAUGCUGGCCGUCCUAAGCACACUGCGUCAGCUAUUUUUUGUUGCUAUACUGACAGUGCUCUCAGUUGAUAAGAAUUCAACUUUUGCAACACCACACUCAUGAACGUCAAUUCUCCCUCACUGACAAAUUAAAAUCAAGAAAAGGCGGGACUUCUGAUAUCAAGUUUGUCACAACAUUUCUGGAGGUUAACUCAGAUGAAAACUAACCCAACCAGUGUUUAGGGUUUUUUUUGAGGGUAUGAUAUUCAGGUGUGGAGCUGCUGCUAAUGCUACGACACAAUUUCUGUCAGCUGUUUUUACGUUUUCUCUGUAAUAUUCUAUUGAAGGAAAGCAAAUAUGAAGCAUACAGAGCAUUUUAAUACAGACCUUACAGUCACUACUGAGCAAAGUAAGAGUGUCCCUAAUCUGAUAUUUAGGUUGUGAGUGCUGCCAGUGCAAAAAAUGCAGUCAGUGGACACAGGCCCUUACUGUAAGUCAUGUCUCCUCUCGCCAGUCCUCCUCUGUUAGCUACAUUUAUCAACAGAGCUGUCAGUCAUGAUAUUGGGCCUCAUAUAUAGCAUCACAUAACUAAUUCAAACUAAGCUUCUUAGAAAAAUGAACACAAAUCAGCAUAAUCAGAAGUAAUUACAGCAGAAUCAAUGUCUGUCUUUGACAUGUAAUUUGAUUUUAAAGUUUGAGUCAUGUCCCAUCUGUUUACAUGGCGUUAGUCAGUAGGGCAAGCUAAAAAAGUUUUGGCUUCACUUUGAAGAAGCUGUCAUGUUGUCUAUCUUUUUAGGGUUUAUGUUAGAGUGAUCUCAAAAUGUUGAUCUUUUCACUACCUCACAAAUCACAAAUGUAGGAGUCUAAUCAAUUCUCAAUAAUUGUCCCGUUGUGAUUCACAUCGUUAACCUUGUUUUAUCUAAGAACAUAAAAUGCCCCAACAGCUGGGACAACCAGCACAUUUGUGUCAGCCUCAGGACUUAAACUUUCCAUCAGUGCAUUAUGUUUCUGUAAAAGAAAACCAGACUGUUAUUUCCAAAGUCAAUCUUCUGAUCACUACAUUUAUAAGCACUUUGUACUUUUACAAACCAUAAAACCAGACUGUGUGGUGGUCUGAUAUGCUUGGUUUGGAGAACAGCUGAGUGAACACCUGGGUCACUGUGACCUGCUGGUACCUGCCAGGCAGAGAUCAGGGUCAUUACAACACAAAAGGCACGUGACUUUUUAGUCACGUUGUUGCUCUUGCUGUCACUGAACAGUUGGAAGUCUGGUAAAUAUUCAAAGUUUGAAAAUAUUUAAAUGAACUGCUUUUUCCUGAAAUUCUGUGCCUCAAGCUUGUAACACUGUUGAUCUUUAAACAACCACUCUGACAUCCGGGCUGUGACCUGGUACUGUUUAUCAAAUGUGAUAUUUUGUACUCAAUCUUGAUUAAAAAGUUAUGUAUUUUGUUU